AUGGGACGCAAGCCCAACCAACUCAUCCUCGAGUUCUUCAUCCGAGGACCAAAGCUGGAAGACUCCAGUAACCGUUACCAACAUACCUGCAAGGCCUGUGGCGAGAAGUUUCCCAAGGGUCGCAUCGAUAGCCUGACCAACCACCUGGUAAAGAAGUGCCAGGCGAUUCCCCUCCGCGAUCGCCAGCGCGUGCUCCUCCGCCUCCACGAACUCCCGGAUCUGACUGACAGCGACGCGAACAAAGACCCCAGUACGCCGGGCAAAGGCAAGUCGGCCGAUGGCUCCUUCAAUCGCCCUAAUUUCGACGGCCUGAAUGUGCUCGCAGAGGCCUCUCGCCAGGUCGGCGCCUCGGAUACCUCAAAACGCGGCCCUCAAUACACUCAGUCCGUCACCGUGGGCGGCAAGACUGUCGUGGUUGACCCGGCGCUAGAGGCCGAUUUCCAGGGAUCGGCCUCUCAGCAGGAGGACAUUAAGCAAGAGGGGGAUGGAUCUAAUGCAGCGGGUAUGUAUCAGAGCCCUUACCCAGCCAUGUGGCAUCUCGAUCCAUUUUACUGGACGGGGACUGAACCGACAACCCUAGGAACAUCUCAACCUUCGGGAACCCCCACGAUUCCUGCUCUACCAAGUCACACCUCGGAACACCACAACUCGAUGUCACCACCUCUCGGUGACCACUCGCUCACCCCAGAUUCAACCUCGAAUGCGCGCCAAAACCUGUCCUUGAUCGCGGCCUCUGCGAACGAGAUGGUCCCUCAUGGAUUGCCGUCAAUGGACGGAGACGACGGUCUCAAGAUGAACCAGUGGAACCAGCUGUCCACCCACGAUCAGCUCUUGUUCGAAAGUCUUCAGGAGCACGAUCCUUCUCUGACUGCCGCAACUCAGCGUGCUGCAUCUUACCCGCGUCCGAUCGCAAUGAACCCCAACUCGCAAGCCAAGGGGUUUGUCAAUGAAUUCGGGAACUCAACCAAGCCCACCAAGCCCAAGGUGCGUGGUCGUUUCACGGCCGAGCGACGUCGCGAAGUCCAAGAAGUGCGAAAGCGUGGUGCCUGUAUUCGCUGCCGCAUGCUGAAGAAGCCUUGCUCUGGUGACACUCCCUGCACGACCUGCGCUAGUGUAGAAAGUGCACGUUUGUGGAAGCACCCCUGCAUUCGGACUCGUCUUUCUGAAGAGUUCGAACUUUACAAUGCCAACCUGCAUGCAACUUUGGCCUAUCACGACACCAGUGCGAUCAAGAAUCAAGUCAAGUUCGAGCACUACGCUGGUCGUAUCGAAGUGACCCACAUCGAGGAGAGCAUGACAUACGUGACCUUCAGCGGUCUCCAGGCACAUCGGGCCUCGGUGUCUGCCCUAGACCCCCAGCUCCAGGGCCUCGGCGAUGACCAGUUUUCAGGGCCCCCGCAGGAAAUUUACUUGCUGGAUAGCGACUCUGACGACGUCCCUAGCAAGCUCGAGAUGUACAUCAAGAAGACUGCUCCUUUCUUCAUCGAGCGGGAGGUGUCUCUCUUCAUGAAGUCCACUCUGUCUCUGGCUUCCGAACUAAGCCAGUCCAAGAAGGACACUCUACUGGAGCGCGCCGUCGAGUUGUGGGUCGCCACCCAUGUUCUUGUGGACACUGAUCUCGCAUGGAAGACCUUCUGCAACCCGACUCUCCCGCCGACGUCAAUGCACUCCCUCUCGCAGCCUUCGGACGAGGGCCGUCUCCCGAUCGAAGAGGUCUCGGAUCCUGAGUCGUAUCACCUGCUCUGCAGCCAACUUCGAGCGGGCAUGGAGAAGCGCGCCAUGCAAUUGAGCAAGUCGGUCAUCAAUGAUCUUGAACGUCGACUGCUCCAGCGCCAGAAGACUGGCUGGUUCGAGACCUUUCUGGCCUCCGUCAUCCUGCUUAACUGCGUCGAGCGCACCUGCUGGCUCUUCCGAUCAUGGGACAGUGAAACCUUUUCACAACGCUGGCCUCUCGACAAGCGUCCUCCCUACUACUACAACCAGUCCGAACGAUUUGCGGAUAUCCUCCACAUGCUCCUCCGCAUGCGCAGUCUCCCUCCCAAGACGACUAUCCGCCCCGAGGGUACGCUGAAGGCUGUCGAGGGCAGCGACGAGAAUGCCAUGCGCUGGUUUGACGCGAUUCAAAUCUCACCCUUCUACCUCGAGGAACGCGCACACGCCGUUUUCGACCCCUCCGACUCGCGCUCCUUCGACCUUCGUCACUGCGCCGGGUUGCUGCAGCCGUCGAGCUCCUGA